AUGGGUUGUGGGAAAUCCAAGCACGACGUUGCUUCAGGAAAUACUGUCCUCAAGCGCAAGAAAUCCAGUGUCAAACGCAAUAUCAAGGACCAGGAAACUGGGGCACAAACGAAAGAGGACAACAACAGUAAUGUUAAUAAUGUGAAUGUAAAUUCUGGGGUGGAAGUACAGAAAGAUGGUGACAACGUUGUCAAAGAGGUCGUCGGAGGAAAGGUUGAUGAUGUUGACUCUAAUGGGUUGAAAAGCAAAACUGAAAAUGCAACUAUGCAAGAAGAGACAGUAUUACAGAAGAACAAUAAUGAUAUUGUUGCAGGUGAGAAUGCCAAUGUGGGAGAAGAAAAGGUGUUAGGAAAGAGUGAAGAAGUUGUUUCUGGGGGUGAAAAGGUUGAGAAAAAUAAUGGUGAGAAGGCAAAUAAGGGAGAAGAAAAGGUGGUAGACAAGAGAGAGGAAGUUGUUGUUGUUGCUGAGGAGGUUGAGAGCAAAACUGAGAAAACAGACGUGGAAGAAGAAGUUAAGGAAGAAGAGAAAAAGGACAAGGAAGUUGAUGUGGCAGAGGGGCUUGUCCCAAAGGAAGUUUCUGAGAAAUCCCAAGGUGAUGAGGAAGAUGAUGCGUUGAAGUUGAAUGGGAAUGAUCACAAAGUGAAUAAUGCUCCUGUUGCGGAAGAGAAAAAGAAUGGUGAUGGAAAUGAUGAUGUCAGUGUGAAGGAAGAGAUUGUGGCCAUGGAAGAAAACCCCACGGACGUAAUAAAUGUUCCAGCCUCUGAAGGUGAACAGAAGGAUUUGAAAGCUGAGGAGGAGAAAAAAGAAAUUCAUUUGAGCAACGAAGAAGCGAAGGCAGACUGA